AUGGGCUCUGUCAUACAUCCAACUCCCUCCUGGCAGAAGAGAGCCGCAAAAAAGCAACAGGAGCUUGCCAACACAAUUCCACCAGCAUGGAGGAUCUCAGAUGCCUUCAAGGCGACCUUUCCGGUGCCGUUCUCCGACCAUCGGAAUGACUUUAUCAACACUGAGGCGAUUCGUAAAUCCGGGAUCCUGACGGAACGCGAACUGAAAAUUACUGGAGAAUAUGACGUUGAAGGACUGCUCUCCGCACUAGCAGACGGCAGCUUGACCUGCGCGGAAGUGACCCUGGCAUAUAGUAAGCGAGCUGCGGUUGCCCAGCAAUUGGUCUCGUGCCUUACGGAGACCAUGUUCACCGAAGCUCAGGAGAGAGCACAGUAUCUCGACGCCCUCCGAGCCCAGGGGAAGGUGGCUGGCCCACUUCAUGGGCUUCCCAUCAGCAUCAAGGAUAAUUUCCACUACAAAGGUACCGAGUCAACGAUUGGAAUGCUUUCUUUUCUUGAUGAGAAGUCAACCAGAAAUUCCCCGCUUGUGGAUAUCCUGCUCAAGCUGGGUGCGGUCCUCUAUGUGAAGACAAAUGUUCCCCAGACAAUGAUGACCACAGAUUCCCAUAACAAUGUUUUCCAACGUUGCCUGAACCCUUGGAAUAGCGCCCUCGGACCCGGAGGCUCCAGCGGUGGUGAAGGUUCCCUGAUCGCUCUCCGAGGAUCUCCACUGGGAGUGGGGACGGACAUUGGUGGCUCGAUCCGAAUUCCUGCCCUGUGCUGUGGAACAUACGGCUUCCGACCCAGCGCAUCCAGGGUACCGAACGGGGGAAUGCGCGGCUGCACCACUCCCGGCAUGAAAUUCCUCCUUCCUUGCGCCGGCCCACUGUCGUUGGGUCUGGACGGAAUAGAAAUAUUUUUCCAGUCGGUUAUGGGCGCUCGACCUGCCUUCUCUGAUUCAACCGUCAUCGACGUUCCCUGGAGAAAAGUCCCCCAAAAACCCAGCCUCCGAAUCGGAGUCGUCGCUGAGGAUCCCAUCUUCCCUCUCCAUCCUCCCGUUCGGCGGACCCUAGUGGAAGCCACCCACCUGCUGGAAGCGGAAGGCCACCAGAUCAUCCAUCUUUCUCCCGAAGAAGGGCAGGUGAUUCAACUGAACGAGGUCGCCUGGGGCAUAUUUAGCCUCGAUCCGGCCGGCAUGAACCACAUUAAAGCCGGGGGAGAACCUGUGGUACCUGGGAUGGAGUACAUUUACAAACAGGGUGAGAAAUUAAAAGGGUUUCACAAACCGUCCUGGUCGGAUCUGAGUGAACUUGACCGCUUGAGUAAACUUGCUGUGUUUAACGCCCGAAGAGCUGAGCUGCGUGAAGAUUACCGGAAGAUGUGGGUGCGACAUGAUUUGGAUAUUUGUAUUGCACCGCCCGCUCAAAGCACUGCUGUGCCGCAUGAUACAUUUGGGCUACCUCCUUAUACUGCCUUUUUGAAUUCUCUCGAUUAUCCCUCGUGCAUCAUCCCAUUCGGACAGGUGGGCCAGGAAGAUUCUAACGGAACCUAUGCAGUUGGGGAACACCAGAUCGGACCUGAAUACGAUUUCAAAACGCUCGAGGGAGCGCCGUGUUCCAUUCAAGUUUUUACCCCCACCAUGCGCGACGAAGAGUGCCUACAAAUGGCCAAGCAGAUUGAU